GGUACCAGAGUCAGGAACUGAAACCAGCGCCCGCAGCAGGGAAACAGCCGAGCCCCGAGCUCGCUUUCCCCCGGGUUAGCGCAGCGUAGGGCCCGAGGAGAACUGCUAGGGGAAGCCGCCUACCCGAGAGAGAAGCGGACAUAUGCCAGCAACUCCGGGCAACCGCCUCCCGCUCACCUGCAGCUCCCCACCCCGAGGAGCAAACGCAGCUGGCCCGGCCGCGUCCGCUUUGCAAAAGCGCAACCUCCGGGGAGAGCGGCCCGAAUCGGUCUCGGGGCAGGAGGGCUCUGCCGGCCCCUGGGAGCGAGGAGGAGGAGGUCAAAGCGCUGCCGAAGAGCAGCCGAAGCUGCAGCGGGGGCUGCCGGCCCAGGGGAGGAACCGGCCUUUGCUCCAGGGCUCCCCAGGCGCGUCUGUCCGCAGGAACCAGGGAUUCCCCCUUUGCAGCUGCCCCCCCGCCGGGCAGCCGGGCUGACUCCCCUCCAGGUCCCUCACCAUGUUAGACGGGUUGAAAAUGGAAGAGAAUUUGCAGAACGCGCUGGAGACCUCGGCCCCGUUCUCCUCCUUGCUGGGCAGAGGCGUGAGCCCCAGGUCGGUGUGCGAGGGCUGCCAGAGGGUGAUCUCGGACCGGUUUCUGCUGCGGCUCAAUGACAGCCUGUGGCACGAGCAGUGCGUGCAGUGCGCCUCUUGCAAGGAGCCUCUGGAGACCACCUGCUUCUACCGCGACAAGAAGCUCUACUGCAAGCUCGACUAUGAGAAGCUGUUUGCUGUGAAGUGCGGUGGCUGCUUUGAAGGCAUCGCACCCAGUGAGUUCAUCAUGCGGGCCCAGAAGAGCGUCUACCACCUGACCUGCUUCUGCUGCUGCGUCUGCGAGAGGCAGCUGCAGAAGGGCGAUGAGUUCGUGCUGAAGGAAGGCCAGUUGCUGUGUAAAAGCGACUAUGAGAAGGAGAGGGAGCUGCUCAGCCUGGUGAGCCCGGCUUUGUCGGAUUCCGGUAAAAGUGAUGAUGAAGAGAGUCUAUGCAAAAUGGGUCAUGGUCCCGGGAAAGGCGCCGAGGACAGCAAGGAUCACAAGCGUCCCAAGAGACCGAGGACAAUCCUGACAACGCAGCAGCGGAGGGCGUUCAAAGCAUCAUUCGAGGUCUCCUCCAAGCCGUGCAGGAAGGUCAGAGAGACACUGGCAGCUGAGACGGGGCUGAGUGUGCGAGUCGUGCAGGUUUGGUUCCAGAAUCAGAGAGCGAAGAUGAAGAAACUUGCGAGGAGGCAGCAGCAGCAGCAGCAAGAUCAGCAAAACACCCAGCGGCUCAGUUCAGCUCAGACAAACAAUGGUGGGAAUGCUGGCCUGGAGGGGAUCAUAAACCCAUACACCACACUGGCCCCACCACAACAGCUGCUGGCUAUUGAACAGGGCGUCUACAGCUCGGACCCCUUCCGGCAAGGGCUCACCCCGCCCCAGAUGCCAGGAGACCACAUGCACCCCUAUGGUGCUGAGCCCCUUUUCCAUGACCUGGAUAGUGAUGAUACCUCACUUAGCAACCUGGGCGACUGUUUCCUAGCAACUUCAGAAGCUGGACCGCUGCAGUCAAGAAUGGGAAAUCCCAUCGACCAGCUGUACUCCAUGCAGAACUCCUAUUUCACUUCUUGAACCUUGUCUGUGUCACCUGGCCAGGCACAGGCGUCUAUGACAUUACAGGCUAAACCCACUUCAGAUAUGGCGGGCAAGGGGUUUAUGUUGCUGGAAUGCUGUCAGACAAUAUUUUGUAGCUCAGUAUUUCCAAAGACUGACUAAGUUAUGGAUUGCAUAGUGUAAUGUUUUUAUUAGAAUUCUAGUAUUAGAUAUUAAGUGUUUGUUAGAGCUGGGCUGCUAGGUGUUUUCAACCUGAAAUUUCAACUAUGGGGGAAAAACAGGUUAAACAUUUCUAUGAAAUUUUGACAUCCCCCAUCUCCUGUUUUCCCCCCUGUCCAGCUAUAGAAAGGAUUGAUUUAAGAAACAAUUAUUCAUAUAUUUAUUUAUUUUUUAUUUUGAAAUUUAGACCGAAUUUUGAUGGGGAAAGAAAAAAACAGGAAACACUUUGUGCAAAGUUUUCACAAUUCCGUUAUCCGCACCCUCCUCCUGCGGUUUAUGGGAUUUAUUUCAGCUAAGUUCUCUGGCCUGCGACAUACAAGUCAGACAAGAUGAUUGCAUUGAGUGACGUUCUGGCCUUAGAGUUUCUGACCAUACGAUUUCAGUCCUCCUGUAAAAAUGGUCCAAAACUUUUCAAAUUUUGUAAUUUUGGCAAAAUUUGAUGAAAAAACGGGAAAUUUCAAAGAAAUGUUCGCCAUUUUUUUUCCUGUUUCUCUACCAGCUCUAGUGUUUAUUGAUGAAAACAGGGACUUUUAAUAUAGACAUUCUCAUGCAAGUUUAGACAUCUAGAAACUCCUAAUCUGUCUCUCACUAACUGGGAAAUUCCUGGAAAAAGAUAGGCAUACACCCAAACAUACCUAUGUGCCUGCACAUGGGGUGGGUGUGUAAAUGUAUGUACUGCACAGACACACCUGCAUAUAGUAUCAACAAAGUUUAUUCCUAAUUCUAUCAGAAAUGUACUGUACAGCAAAAGUAACUUUAUUUUCAGCGUGAACCAUAUUUAAGGAAAUGAUUGAUGCACUUAAGUUAUAAGACAAUAAUUUACUUUUAUAAAGGUUAUGUUUAGUUUGCAAAAGCCCAGCGGCAGGGAAGGAACACUUGAUUCCUUGCAGUUGAGAGGUCUUUGGUGCUUUCCAUCUGCUUGGUUGCUUUUAAAGGUUGGUUAUAAUCCAAAGAGUGUCCAUGUCAGUCAUUGGAGCCUGAUCCUGGGCCCACUGAAGCAAAAGGCAAAAUUCUCAUGGACUUUAAUAGGGCAGGAUCGAGCCCUGUAUCUGCUCUGCUCCCUCUGUGUCUCUGAGUCACAGCUGCUGGCUUCACUGACCAUCUCAGGAGUUUUCCAUUCCUAGCCCACCCAGUAGGAGCCAAUAAAGCGAUGGACGAGUGAGAUGGAAUAUGUUCUGCCCCAUGCAUCAUCAGCAAGUGGAUUAGCCCUAGACAACUGCAGAUCUGGUGACCUGCACAGGAUCUCGAUUCUCCCAGUAAGGACCUGAUCCAAGGCCUAUCAAAGUCAAUGGAAAAACUCCCAUUGGUAUCACUGUGCUUUGAAUCAGACCCUGGAAGGAGAACAGGAAGUAGUUUUUCAUGAUCUUGGGGAGAGUAUGCAGAUACUUGUGUGAACAUAUGCCGGGGCUGUAUUUGACCUUGGGCCAACCCUGAUCAGCUAAGCUCAGAUGACAGAAUCUAAGGGCUGGUCUACACUGGGAACUUGCAGCUGCACAGCUAUGCAUAAGUGCUGGAACUAGGGGUGCU